AUGUUCCGUCUAAGUUUGCUGUUCGUAUUCGCCAGUGCCGUUGCCGUUUUCGGUGGCACUCUUCCGGCGGAAUACCUCGAAUGGGAAGGACGCAUCGUCGGAGGUUCGAACGCAGCUUCGGGACAAUUCCCUUACCAGGUCUCGCUUCGCUCGGCCGCCAAUGCUCACUUCUGUGGAGGAUCCGUGAUCAAUAACCGUUAUGCACUAUCGGCUGCUCACUGCACUGUUGGUCGCACUACUGCCAACACCCGCGUAGUGGUUGGAACGCAUCUGCUGAACAGUGGCGGAGUUAUGCACAAUGUCGCCCGUAUUGUCAAUCACGGAUCGUACAACGCCAAUACCUUGAACAAUGACGUAUCGUUAGUACAGACGGUUUCGACUAUCGCCUUCAAUAAUCUCGUCCAGACCAUUGGUUUGGCAACUAAUUUCAUCAAUACCGGUGCCGGUGCCCUGGCGUCCGGUUGGGGACAGCUAGGAGCCAACGCCGGAAUUCCGAACAACUUGCAGUGGCUGAGUACCAGCAUCAUCACGCUGGCCGAUUGUCGCUCUCGUCAUUCGGCGGCCAACGCAGCUCGUGUCUUCGAUAGUACUGUUUGCACCUUGAGCCCGAACGGUCAGGGUAUGUGCAUGGGAGAUUCCGGCGGCCCACUGGUGCAUGGCGGUCUUCAGCAGGGUAUCGUAUCGUGGGGAAUUCCCUGCGGAGUAGGUUCUCCCGAUGUGUUUGCCCGUGUUUCGACGCACCGUACCUGGAUUCUGAACAAUGCCGUGUAA